AUGGAGAAUGUAAAAGAAAGAAUGAGAAUGAUACGUGAGGCAGCAAUCAAAGGGAACGUGAAUUCCUUGGAUGAAUUGCUUCAUGAAGAUCCACUUAUUCUUGACAGGUUCAUCGCUGGUUGUUUUACUGAGACGCCUUUGCACAUUGCAGCAAUGCUUGGACGCCUGGCAUUUGCGAAGGCAAUCCUGAGUCGGAAGCCUGAGCUGCCUAAAGAGUUGGAUUUCGAAGGAGCAUCUCCCCUUCACCUGGCAACAGCUAGUGGACAUGUUGAGUUAGUAAAAGAGUUGUUAUUGGUCAACCCUGAGAUGUGCCUGGCUCAGAACCAGGAUGCCAAGAACCCUCUUCAUAUUGCGGUGAUCAAGGACCGAAUCGAGGUCUUGAAAGAGUUGGUUCCAGCCAAACCUGAAGCUGCUCAAGUCCCAGCAGCAGAAGGUGAAACCAUUUUGCAUCUUUGUGUCAAACACUACCGCUUGGAAGCAUUAAGGUUCCUGGUGGAGAAUAUAAGUACUAGUGACUUUGUAAAUUCCGAGUAUGACAAUGGAUUCACCGUACUCCAUCUAGCGCUGGCCAAGAACCAACACGAGAAUGCAGAUAUGACUGGAUCUCACCAUGGAGAGCACGAAAUCUGGCCGCACACCCCAGAUCUCAAGCUCUCUUGGGAAGCACAGUGCUCCAUAGGGAGCACUAGAUCGCAUAGAAAUGUUGUACAGAGUAUAAAGAUUUGGAUAACCAAUACCAAAGUAGAACGUAAUCCGCUGCUCACAAACUGCACAGCCCUAGCACAAGGCCGAAGAAAUGCCAACAACGACAUAGAUAUUCGGGGUUUCCUUCAACAUGAUGAAGCUGGAAGUGCAAGGCGGACUGCAUUGAUGGUGGUAGCAUCGAUAAUUGCAACCAUGGCCUGCGAAACCCGGAUUAACCCUCCAAAAGGUUUGUGGCCAGAGAUUAACAAGGCAACAUCGUUCGGGAAGACUUCGGAAUUCCUGUCCUACAACACGACGGGGUUUUUGGCAUCGCUCACUGUUAUCCUCCUACUGAUCGGAGGUCUACCUUUAAGGUCUAAAUUCAUCUUGUGGAUCCUGACGGUGAUCAUCUGGGUAGCCAUUGCAUCCAUGUUGUUGGCUUACACCCUUGGUUUAUAUAUUCUCCUCGAACCUUAUGGUUCUGAUUAUCCUAAAAUACAGCUAGCUGUUACGACCUGGUUUUGGUACGCAGUGCUUGCCUUUCUUCUUUUGGGGCACGCUAUUCGCCUUGCAUUGAAGGUUGCAAGGUAUACCAGAGAGUCAUGCAGGAGAACGACAGAUCAUCUCCCUGUCUAG